GAUUAUAGAGGGCGUGGUCUCACCAAGAUGGGUGCUGCUCGGCCGGUUUCACAAGCCUGUAAAUGGUCACGUGUUCCUGUCAGCUGUGAUUCUAGACAAUGUGGUUAAAACUGCACGCUGUUUCAACUGUGGCAUCAGUUGAAACAGAUUUUACUGGUAGCUGUCGAUAUGACUGCUGUCUGGGUGUGCGCCAUCCUUUGCCUCUGCUGCACAGCAGAGAUGAAAGAAGUGGUUUGGAAAGAAGUUGGAGAAUCCAUCACAAUCAAGUGCAGAGGUAAAUCCAAAGACGAGGCUUUAUUUUUCUAUAAAGGCAUCACGGACAACACAAAACUCGCUAGGGUAGAAAAAGAUCACAAGAAAAAACCUGUUUUUUAUGAUAGAAGCGACAGAGUUCAGAUAAAGGGAAAAUUUCCAAACAUUGAUUUUCUUCUUGAAAACUUGAAUGUGAAUGACACAGCAGCAUACAGGUGUGUGUAUUUAAAAAAGAGCCUCAUGCACGAAACAAAGGAGACAUUAGGUGAUGGAUCUCUGCUUCUGGUGGUGAAAGAAAACAACUGUGCCCAAGCGGAAGCGGUCCAGCACCAUCCUGAUGAACCAAAUCAUAAAAUACCCUUGGUGUAUGUGGUCCCGGUUGCAGUCCUCCUUCCCAGCAUCAUUCUGGGCUGUGUUAUUUGGAGGAAGCGCAAGACCAAGUCUUCUGACAUCACAGUUGAACAGACUUGUGUUGCUACCAGCACCAACGUUUAUGAGGAUGAAGAACCCGUUGAGGCCAAAGUUGAGGUUAAGGAUGAAGAACCCGUUGAGGCCAAAGUUGAGGUUAAGGAAGAAAAACCCGUUGAGGCCAAAGUUGAGGUUGAAGAACCCGUUGAGGCCAAAGUUGAGGAUGAAGAACCCGUUGAGGCCAAAGUUAAGGCUGAAGCUGAAGUCGAGGCUAAGUUUGAGACCGUGAGCAUGCAGGAUGCAAACCCGGCUGAAACAGUUCACACCUCGGACCACAGCUUAAAAAGCGACAUGUCUCAUGCGGUUUUUUGCACUUCAGACCAGUCAUACUUUCCUAAACCCAGUGUCUGAGUGUGUGCAAUUGUGUAAGCCGCUGCCACACUUGAACAAAAGACACCGUACAACGUAAAAUGAGAAUAGAUAUGUGACGCAUUACAAACUGUAUUGUUGUUUUUAUCUUUUAUAUGUGCUGUUUCUGCUGUUGUUUUCUACACACAACAAUAGACACAAGAAUUGAGAAUUUUGCUGAAAUAUAAAGCUGAUGUAGAUGUUUUGUUUGCUAUUUUUCUUGCAUCUUCCAUGUAUGGCUUUAUAAACCAGACUGGUAGCCAUAAAUAAAUGAAUACUUUUAAAACACAAAAAAUCCUGUCUAAUUUGUUCACAUUAACAGUAAGAAAUAUAUUUUGAUAUUGAAAGUCCUGUUAUAGUCAUAA